AAACCCACACACCUCCAUUUGCCUCGAUCAACCGCCUCCACCUCCAUUGAUCUACACCGGUGGGGGCGCGGUCAUUGCCGUUUCACACAAACGGCGCGCCGGCGACGGCCUGGUCCAAAAACCAUUGCUCCGAGAGGGCCAUUGACCUGGUGUUUGUAGCCUCUAGCGAGGCCGGCCGACGGACGGCCGGGGCUCACCGUCUCCGGCGACCACCGUCGUCGGUGCACAUUGGGCUUCUCAAGGUGCGCGGGCGUGAGCAAGCAUGGCGUUGGGGUUCAGGGAAGGUAGCGGCGCCGAGCUGCACGGCAAGGAGAGCGGCAAUGUGGCGCCCGAGGAGAACCGGGCGGUGUAUCGCUACGCCUCGUCCGAGUCCUUCGCCUACGAGGGCACGCCGCCGGCGGCGCAGCAGAUGAUGAUGGACCGGCAGCCGGUGGUCCUCGGCGCGGACGGCGAGCACGACGAGGGCCGGAUCCCGGCGUCCGUGUUCGAGCGCGACGCGUCGGACCCCGGCAAGGACUGGAGCAUGAUGUCCACGGACUCGGUGUUCGGCCUCCAGGUGGCGCCGUCCUGCGACUUCACCGGGUACUUUCUCGCGCACCCGGAGCUCAUGGAUAUCACCACGCCGCCCCGCGACAGCUCCGCCGGCGCCGCCACGCCUACCGCCGCCUCCACGCCGCGGCACUUCGAGAGCAUCCCGGAGCUCGGCGACGCGGCCCCAAGCUACUCCUUCGCCUUCCCCAAAUUGAUGGAGGACAAGGGGUACAGCUCAAAGAAAAAUCAGCAGUCUCGCGAGCAGCCGCUGACGCCAAAAGCUACACCGACAGAGCCACGGACGACGACGGACACGGCGCAGCCGGAGGCGGAGACGAGCAGCAAACCGGAAGCGGCCCCGCAGCAGGAAGCAGCGAAGGGCGGCAUGUUCUCGUGGAUGCCCUGCUGCUCUUAACGAGGGACGGCACUGAUCGCCGGCGGCAACCAGAAGGAGGGAUCAUCAUGAAAAUGGUGGCUAGAGUCACGAAAGAAAGUAUGAAGCAAUGCAAUUAUUUCAAGGACAAAAACACAAUCGAACCAGUUUAUUUGUUUGUUUGCUUGCCCCUCAGUGUGCUGUACUAGAAUGCUUUCCUUUUGUUCCUAACUGCUCUUCACAAACGUGAAAUUGAGAUUUCCGUGAUUUAUCCAUCAGGCGUUUCUGAAUGCAAAUAACCAGAGAAACAGGUCAAAUUCAUGUUAAA